AUGCUCCGCCGCGCCCGCACCCAGCCGGGGCCGAGGUUUUCUUUUCUCACAUUUCCGCUUCUUGGGGGGGGGCGUGUGCCGCGGCGGUGGCCGGCCUGCGGGUCAUCCGGCAACUCGCAGAGGGCUGGGGGAGGUGGCUGGCUUCAAACAGAGCAGCCGGGGCCCCAGCGGUCGGUCGGCCGCAACAACCAGCGGCGUGAGGAGGAGAAGCGACGUGCUGAUGGACUCGAAGAGAGCUCGGGGGCGGGAAUCUGUCACGGCAAGCUCGGGGUAUCGCUCUUUCCAUCGAGUAGUAGCUGUGGCAGUGCGGGGUCGUCGGUGGUGCGGUUCUGCGCGGCGUUGACUCUGAUCAGCUCGGCACCUGGGGUCCCGCAAGGGGACCGACCCCUCCGAUUCGGGUCCCCACCACCUUUUUCGUGGCGUUCUGCAGACUGGGCGCCGCGCCGCUGCUUCAUGAGUUCGCUCCUCUAA